ACCUGAAGCAGUGCGGUGUUUUUGUCACAUUGUUGCAAAUAUAAGCAACAUUGCAAUUGUUUGUGGUUGUUUUUUUUGCAACAUGAUGGAUGCACUCCUCUCCUGGAUCUUCUCCUCUGAGGAAGAGGAGCUGCACAUGCUGCACUGCAUGGCUUACUCAAUGGUCUUCAUGGCAGCAUGCACUUUUGUUACUCUGCUUUUUCAAAAUGUCCCAUACGGUCGGUAUGCAACCAGCAAAUAUGGCUUUCCAGUGAACGCCAGGCUGGCUUGGUUCAUCCAGGAGCUGCCUGCCUUCCUUGUGCCUUUGUGUCUGGUCGUUUGGACAUCUUCUGCAAAAACCUCCCUGCUGCCCAACCAGCUGCUCAUUGCCAUGUACUUCUGCCACUAUGUUCAGAGAUCCCUUCUUUAUCCAUUUUUAAUCCGAGGAGGUAAACCAACACCAUUCGCCUCAUUUGCCCUGGCCAUUUUGUUCUGCAUUUAUAAUGGCUACAUGCAGAUCAGGUACCUGAGCCAUUACGCUGAGUACCCUGCACAUUGGGUUACACAUCCAUGCUUCAUCGCAGGGUCUGUUCUGUGGUUCUUCGGCUGGCUGGUGAAUGUGCACUCUGACCACAUCCUGAGGAACCUGAGGAAGCCUGGAGAGACUGGUUACAAGAUUCCCACAGGGGGAAUGUUUGAAUAUGUGUCUGGAGCCAACUUCUUAGGAGAGAUAACAGAGUGGGCAGGCUUCGCUCUGGCUGGUCACUCCGUCCACAGUUCAGCUUUUGCCAUCUUUACCACGGUGGUCCUCGCCAGCAGGGCUGUGGCCCACCACAAAUGGUACCUCGCUAAGUUCGAAGACUACCCUAAACAUAGGAAGGCACUGAUUCCCUUUCUGUUCUAAAUUCUACCUGGACAAUGGAAGCCUGAGAAUGUACUGGUUCUCACAAUGACAGCGAAGAUGACAUUCUCACAAUGCUUUUUCUAUAAUUUAAGAAAGCUCUAAUGUCAGAACAAACCUUUAAGAUACAGUUUUUUCAUCUUAAAUAUAUAUUUGUAUUUGUACUUAUACCUUGCUUAUAAGUGUGAUGUCCAUAAAGCAGAAUUGCCUCAAUAUCUAUGAACUGAAUGUACAGGAAGUGCUGUGUUUGCUGGUGAAGCAGCAUUUAGCGCUCCUCCAGAGGAAGUUAGAUAGCGACUGGAGCAUGCCUCAACAGUACUACAGUGGAUUUAUAACACUCUGCAGCAGCAAUAAACACUUUUAAGACUCUUCGCUGAUCUGCAUAUUCUCCCAGAUGGAACAUUAACCUGGAAAUGCAAAGCAGACAUUUAAAGUUUAGAUUUUUUUCUCAAGAGUCGUCUGUUUUUUUUUUUUUUUUUUUUUAAGAUCCAUUAAAUGAAAGACAAAGGAUCUUGACAUCCCAACACAUUUUUCUCUGGGUGCCAUCAGAAGCACUUUUCUAAUCACCUCAUCAUCUCUAACUCCAGAGAUGAGAUCAAGCAUGACCCUCGAUAACUCACUCAUGCCUGAAAUGAGAAGAAGAAGAAGAGAGUGUUGCUUCAACACAUCACUCCCGUGAAGAGGGCUUCUGGGAAAGAGAGAAAAGAAGAAGAACUGCUGAAGAAAUGACUGAGUGUGUGAAAACAGGAACAUAAACGACUGAAUGGAUGAGUUUGAGUGUGACUCGAUGAAAAGAGGAAGCCUGUGACAAAAGAUGAGGAAUGGAAACAUUGCAAUCAAUCUUAACAUCUGUUCUACUCUAUCAUUGUGUCAUAAUAAUCACUUUUACCAUAAGCUAAGUAAUCAUCUGAUCAGUGUGUUUUAUUUUAUUGAUAGUAAUAAUGCAAUCUUCCUUAUUUUCGGUUUUGUUCUUUAAAUACAUUCAGAUGGGAAACAAGUGCAAUUAUUGUAUUACUUUGUGAAAUUCAUAUGCAAGUGAAAAUGACAUAUAUUGCAUUGAAGCACAGUUCACACAGAUGUUCCACAGUGUGCCUAUAUAUCCCCAAAAAAGCACCAACUGCAGUGUACUCCCAUAACUCUUGAUCAGCUCUCCUAUUUCCCAGUGGAGGACAAUAUCCAACUGUCACAGCCAAGGUCACGUCGUUAUGGAUUUCAUUAAUGUGUUGUGUCUUAAAAGAUUUUGUCACCGUUUUCACACGU